AAUUAAUGAAAGUGUGAUUAUUUUUUAUUAUAUUUUUGUAUUGAAUAGUCGAAAUAUUUCUUGAUUUAGGCUAGUACCCAAUCAUCAUCUAUAAUUCCGGCGGUUUAACUAAUUUUGAAACGGAAAGUGCUGAUUUUAGUUAUUUCAGGUUGGCAACAUUGCUCCUAUCAUUCAUUCAUUCAUUCACUCAUGUCCUGUCAAUUGAUUGAAUCAUUCAUAUUCCCCAUCAUUCUCAAUUCGUCGUUGUUCGUUGUUGUAUGCCUGUACGGUCGUAAUAACAUAAUUUGCUUGGGUCCGGUGUGGCAUCGGUGUGGUGUUUUAACUGUGGUGUUGUGAGCUUAGCGUGGUAUUAUUUUUUGAUGAAAUCAAAAUUACAUUUGGUGGAUAUAUAGUUUUGUUUUAAAUUAGUGUUUAUUGUGAGUCACGUUAGUAAUAAAGCCUCAUAAACAAUUAUGGAAUUGUUGCAGGGCGGUAACCCCGGAGCGCUGCAGCCGCCGCUGCCCCCCGGCAUGAUGGCGCCACCCGCCGCGCCCGGCAUGGCUAUGCCCGGCCUGGCGGGGCUGCCCACGCUGGCCGGGCUACCCGGGUUGGCGGCCGGCUUACCCGGGCUGGCAGCCAGCCUGCCCGCCGGCCUACCCGGCCUGCCUGGCGGACUGCCCGGGCGCGCCGGUGACGCGUCGGCUGCGGCUGCGGCGCCGGCUGCUCCUCGCCGCUCUCACAAUGUACCUACUUCAUUAUACCGCAUUGUUCCCCGCGUGCCCAGGGCGCGCGCCCCGCGCUCGGGCGACCCGGUCGGCGCGGCCGCCCGGCCCGCCCGGCCCGCCCGGCCGCCCGGACCGCCCGGGCGCGGGGCGCGCGCGGCGUGCCAGCGAUGUGGCUUCCCUUCGGCGCCCAUCUACGACUUGCAGCAGGUCGGAGAUGUGUUCACAGGUGAGUGGUCGCGCACGAGGCGGGCCGAGCGCGCCGGGGCCGUGGUACAGGUCCAUGUGGUUGCAGGUCCGGGGGCGAAGUGCUCGACGCUGCCCGCCAUACUGGGCGGCUCGCUGCCGCGGCUGUCGUCGGAGCAGGGCGAGGCGGUGGCGCGCGCCAAGAAGUACGCCAUGGAGCAGAGCAUCAAGAUGGUGCUGAUGAAGCAAACACUGGCGCACCAACAACAACAGAUGGCGUCCCAGCGGACGCAGGUCCAGAGGCAACAGGCGCUCGCACUCAUGUGCAGAGUAUAUGUGGGCUCGAUAUCAUUUGAGUUGAAGGAGGACACGAUACGGCAGGCAUUCCUCCCGUUCGGGCCGAUCAAGUCGAUCAACAUGUCGUGGGACCCUGUCACACAGAAGCACAAAGGUUUCGCCUUCGUGGAGUACGAGAUCCCCGAAGCGGCGCAGCUCAGCCUCGAACAGAUGAACGGAGUCAUGCUGGGCGGCAGGAACAUCAAGGUAGUGGGGCGGCCGUCCAACAUGCCGCAGGCGCAGGCUGUCAUCGACGAGAUCCAGGAGGAAGCCAAGCAGUACAACCGGAUCUAUGUCGCAUCCAUCCACCCGGAGCUCACCGAAGAUGAUAUUAAAAAGUAA